AUGGGGAAGAUCACAUUUUUUGAGGAGAAGAAAUUCCAGGGUCGCUGCUACAACUGCAGCAGCGACUGCGCUGACCUGCACACAUACUUCAACCGCUGCAGCUCCAUCCGAGUGGAGAGCGGCGUGUGGGUCAUCUAUGAGAAACCCAACUACAAGGGUUUCCAGUACGUCCUCAGCCCAGGGGAGUACACCGACAACCAGCAGUGGAUGGCCUUCAACGACAAUGUCAAAUCCUGCCGUACCGUCAAAAAUGUCUACGGUAGUGCGUGGAAGCUGAGGCUGUACGAGAGGCCGGACUUUGGUGGGCAGAUGGUGGAGUGCUCUGAUGACUGCCCAUCGGUUUAUGAUACCUACAAGAUGCGCGAGGCCUACUCCUGUGUGGUGACAGAUGGUGCCUGGGUAUUCUACGACCUCCCCAACUACCGUGGGCACCAGUACCUCCUGGAGCGGGGCGAGUACCGGCAGCACGGCGACUGGGGGGCAUCUUCACCUGGCGUCGGCUCUUUCCGCAGGAUCACAGAGUUUUGA